AUGCCAGAACACUCGGAAAGCACACCGUCAAUCUUUGCAAACUUAACUGUUCCUUUUUCUAUUUUAUUAAUUAGUAUGGUUUCGUGUCUACUCCCAAGGAUACUUUCAAACUCCAAAAUUGUUAGAAAAUACUUCUCAAUGGUUAACGUUUUCAACUCUGGGCUUCAGCUUUCAACAAUAAUUGUAGAUUUGAUUCCUCACAUGAACUUGAAAAAAGGUGACCAUCACCACGCCUCUGAUCUUUAUCCAUUCGUUGCAUCGGGCGUUUGUUUCAUAGCUUUGGUGGCUAUUGAUUCGAUCUUUCUUCAUCCAUCGGAAGAAGAGCCGACCAAAAAGCAGUCAGAGAAUCACAAUAAAGAAGUGCUGCAGCAUUUGCACCAUCACAAAUGUCUGCAUAAUCACACAUCGAGCCAGCACGAAGAGCUUGCCCAUCAGCAUGGUGGGGAUUGCCACGAAAGCCUUGGAACAUGUAACACAGGCGCUAUUUCAAAGUCACAGACCAAAGCCAAAGCCUUUCUGUACUUAUUUGCCAUUUCUGUGCAUUCAUUCUUUGAGGGACUGGGCUUUGAAAUUAACCUCAAGCACAUUCCUCUUCUUGCAGGACUGAUAUUCCACAAGAUUCUAGAGUCGUUUGCCAUCGGAGCAUCUGUUCACGAGUCUAUUUUUUCAAAUAGCUCGAAAAUGUUUUUAUUGUUAAUUUACUCAGUACUAACGCCAGCUGCAAUUAUGCUGAGGGGAUUGAGUAUAUUCACAAAACACACAGCCCUCAAGCAAUGGACCAUGGGUCUUUGUUUAGGUGCCCUGAUGUUUGUUGUUUUCUUUGAGGUUAUUGGACACUCUUUCCAUGGUGGGAAGGACAAUAUAAGAAAGGUGUUUAGCAUUUCAUUUGGAUAUGUGCUUGGCUGUACUGCAAUUAUCUUGUCACAUGGCCAUGGACACCACCACCAUCAUUAA